UCGCGCCUUAUAAAUAGAGCCUCCAUCCAGGGAGGACAAGAUGAGGAGUGACAACCAAACGAGAAACGUCUGGUCACUACUUCAUGAUCUCUGUGAGAAGGAUGCAGCAACAAGCUCUUCGAGUGUCCAGCCGGAGCGCCUUCCCCAUUGUCAAAUGGAUGGAGAGGUGGACUGAGGGCAUAUCAGCCAGUCCGGAGGCGACCAAGCAGCAGGCAGUGAGGACUUUGGAUGACAUGCCCGGUCCGUCGGUCGCCAGCUUCGCCUGGGACUUAUUCGCCAGGCGCGGUCUGUCACGACUGCAUGAGUUGCAACUGGCAGGAGUGCAGAGGUACGGCUCCAUGUGGAAGGCGAGCUUCGGCCCCAUCCUGACAGUCCAUGUGGCUGAUCCAGCACUCAUCGAGCAGGUCCUGAGGCAGGAGGGCCAGCACCCCAUGCGUUCUAACCUCUCCUCUUGGAAGGACUACAGGAAGCUCAGAGGACAUCACUAUGGACUUCUGACAUCUGAGGGGGAGGAGUGGCAGGCAGUGAGAAGUCUCCUGGGGAAGCACAUGCUGCGGCCAAAGGCGGUGGAAGCUUAUGAUAAAACCCUGAACAGUGUGGUCAGUGACCUCAUUGCCAAACUUCGCCUCAGCAGACAUCCUCAUGGCCUCGUCACUGACAUCGCCAGAGAGUUCUAUCGCUUCGGCCUCGAGGGCAUUUCUUCUGUGUUAUUUGAAUCCAGAAUUGGUUGUCUGAAUCUGGUUGUUCCUGAAGAGACAGAGCGUUUCAUCCGAUCCAUAAACACCAUGUUUGUGAUGACACUUCUCACCAUGGCCAUGCCAAGUUGGUUGCACCAGCUGUUCCCUAAACCCUGGAACGUGUUCUGUCGCUGCUGGGACUACAUGUUUGACUUUGCAAAAGGUCACAUUGACCAGCGUCUGAAGGCUGAGGCAGAGAAGAUGGCCCGUGGAGAGAGGGUGGAGGGCCGUUAUCUGACCUACUUCCUGUCCCAGACAGGGUUGCCCAUGAAGACUGUCUACAGCAACGUCACAGAGCUUCUUCUUGCAGGAGUCGACACAAUCUCCAGCACAUUGUCUUGGUCAUUGUAUGAGCUGUCACAUCACCCUGAGGUGCAGGCCUCGCUCCGGGACGAGGUGUUAAGUGUACUGGAAGGUCGAAGGAUACCAGAGGCAGCAGACGUGGCUCGCAUGCCUCUCCUGAAGGCCACAGUUAAAGAAGUACUCAGGUUAUACCCUGUUAUUCCUGCUAAUGCAAGGGUCAUUACUGACAGAGAUAUCCAGGUUGGAGGCUACCUCAUCCCUAAGAAUACUCUGAUUACGCUGUGCCACUUUGCAACAUCACGGGAUCCAGCUGUGUUUCCAAAUCCAGAUGACUUCCAGCCUCAUCGAUGGUUGAACAAGGACCAGACUCACCACCCGUACGCCUCUGUACCCUUUGGGGUGGGAAAACGCAGCUGUAUAGGUCGACGCAUAGCUGAGCUGGAGCUCUACCUCGCUCUUGCCAGGAUCCUAAUAGAGUUCAACGUGAAACCAGACCCAAAAGGGGUUUCUGUGAAGCCCAUGACACGGACGCUUCUAGUUCCUGAGAAAGUCAUAAACCUCCAGUUUAUUGAACGAUGACCUCCUCUCCCCAGAUGAUCAGUUACGUGGCUGUGAGCCUCUUGGCAGCGGCAGGCACUAGUAGGUGGACUUAUCACUGGAGCUGUGACCCUGCUGCACAGAGUUGGUCAUAUCAGAUUGGACCUUUGACCUUUCAUACAACAAAGGCCAAAGCCCUCCAUACCUGUAGCCUCAUUUCUAAAGGCUGAACAUUUGAAGAAGGACAAAUCAAUGAAGGAUGAAGAGUGAAGGCUCAUCACUCUGGCUAGGAGUGAUGCGACCCAUAAGCACUUAUUUGCCUAGAAGCCCGGACAAAGCCAGUGUUCUCCAUUAUAGUUCAGCAUACCAUGUUACAUCUCAUCUUGGAACUUGAUGCAGUAUCUCAGCUGAUUUCUUUCUGAAUCUGGUAAUCCCUUCUCAAACCUGAUUAUGAACUGUGAUCGUCUGCACUGUUAACUACACACAGCAAUAUCGGCAGUCUUCUGUGUGUCCUGAACAUGCUUCAUUCCAAGAGUGUUUCUGUAUAUAUUAUAUAUUAGUAUAUGUUCUGUAUACUAAGGGGCACAUUACACAUCACUCUAAGUAUGAGUAACGCAGUGCACCAUAAUUUAUUAAAUAGUAUUAGCCAAGCCCCAGACUGGUACAUUGAGAUACUGUUUCUAAUAUUGCCAGCUCUUACUGAGCUACUGUGAAAGGGUUGUGCAGAUAUGAUGUUCAUUUGUGUAUUUUAUAAAAAGGCAGCUGUUGAAAUUAUUCCAGUGUAGGAAUACCUAGUGCCACUAAAAUCCCAGGAACAGGCUCCUCUGCACUCAGGUUUUGUAUAUCUAUUUGUAUUGUUUUAAAAUGUAAAUGUUUGCCACAAUUCAACAGCACAGUGUAAUGUAAGUUUAUCAUUCUUUAAUCGUUUUUUUUUACAUGUGAGCCUGCUAUACACAUAAGUGGCAUAUACUAGCUAUUUUAUAAACUUGG